UUUGCUUGCCUCACCAGCGUGUUUGCUUCAACUAACUCAAGAGCUCUCCCUACUUAUGAGCGCCGGAUCCCCCUGCUGGAUUAUACACUCGCCAAGAAGUCGUUGCAAGUGAGAACGUAUACAGACUCGCGGUAUAUUUCAAACAGUGUUAGUGUAACAUGUCAGCUUUAAUUGUAAGCUUCCUGAUCACCAACAGUGUUUUAUGCAGAGCGACAGUUACUUUAACCUCAUUCAGUGUCCCAGAGAAGAAGUCCAACUGUCCACUUGGCUAUUUCCCGUGUGGAAACCUGACCAAAUGCCUUCCGCAGCUCCUGCACUGUAACGGCGAGGAUGACUGUGGUAACCAGGCAGAUGAAGAAAACUGCGGAGAUAACAAUGGAUGGCCUAAUCUGUUUGACAAAUAUUUUGGAAUCCUCAAUGAUGACUUUGGAACCAAGUCCAAGAAAUGCUUGCUGGGGGCCGUCCCUGACUCGUGCCUGUGCCGGGGCCUGGAGCUGGACUGCGAUGGCGCUCUGCUCCGGAGCGUCCCGACGGUUUCCACGAACGUCACCAUGAUGUCUCUGCAAAGAAACAGGCUGAGGAAACUCAAUGCUGAUAUAUUCUAUAAGUACCAGAAUCUUCAGAAACUAUAUUUGAGCUACAAUAAAAUAUCCAUUUUAAAGCCUGGGGUGUUUCAAGAUCUUUAUAAACUUGAAUGGUUGAUCCUGGAAAAUAACAAAAUCAACCAGAUUUCCUCUCUGACGUUCUCUGGGUUACGCUCACUGGUCCUUUUGGUCCUCCUGAAUAAUGCUCUCAGUCAGCUGCAUGACAAGACUAUCUGUCUGGAGAUGCCUAAACUGAACUGGCUUGAUAUGGAAGGCAAUCAGAUUGAGACGGUUGGGAAUGUGACUUUCUCCUCUUGCAAAAUGCUGACAGUGCUGGUUCUACAGCGAAACCGAAUCAGUCGCUUACAUGAAAAUGCUUUCUCACCGCUACAGAAACUUGGGGAGCUAGAUUUGUCAAGUAACCAGAUCAAAACAAUUCCCCCAAAUCUCUUUGUUGAUCUUGGUGAACUCCUACAGCUGAAUAUUUCCUAUAACCCCAUUCUUGAAUUGCAAAUGGACCACUUUGAUAACCUGCAUAAAUUAAAAUCAUUAAGCAUAGAGGGCAUAGAGAUUAGCAACAUACAGAGACGAAUGUUUGAACCUCUGAAGGACCUAACACACAUAUAUUUUAAGAAGUUCCAGUACUGCGGCUACGCCCCGCACGUGCGCAGCUGCAAGCCAAACACGGACGGGAUCUCCUCCUUUGAGAAUCUGCUGGCCAACAUCGUACUCCGGGUCUUUGUCUGGGUAGUCUCGGCCACCACGUGCUUUGGGAACAUCUUCGUUAUUUGCAUGCGAUCUUACAUCAGAUCUGAAAACAAGCUGCACGCCAUGUGCAUCAUAUCUCUCUGUUGUGCAGACGGUCUAAUGGGCGUGUACCUGUUUGUGAUCGGCGCCUUUGACCUGAAGUUCCGAGGCGAGUACAACCGGCACGCCCAGUCGUGGAUGGACAGCGUCCAGUGCCAGGUGGUGGGCUCCCUGGCCAUGCUGUCCACGGAGGUGUCCGUGCUGCUGCUCACCUACCUGACCCUGGAGAAGUACGUCUGCAUCGUCUACCCCUUCCAGUACCUCACGCCGGGCCGCUGCCGCACGGUCAGCGUGCUGGUGUCCAUAUGGGUCCUGGGCUUCGUCAUCGCCUUCCUCCCGCUCGUCGGGAAGGGCUUCUUCCGGAAUUUCUACGGCACCAACGGAGUGUGUUUCCCGCUGCACGCCGAGCAGCCUGAGACUGUGGGGGCGCAGGUGUACUCGAUUGUCAUAUUCCUGGGCUUGAAUCUGGUGGCCUUUCUUAUUAUAGUGUUCUCAUACGGAAGCAUGUUUUACAACAUCCAGAAGACAGGCACAAGAGCGACAGAGUACAGCAAUCACAUCAAAAAGGAGGUGACCAUCGCGAAGCGUUUCUUCUCCAUCGUGAUCACAGAUUCGCUCUGCUGGAUUCCCAUUUUUGUGCUAAAGAUUUUAUCUUUGAUGCAGGUGGAAAUUCCAGGCACAAUCAGUUCUUGGGUGGUGAUUUUCAUCCUUCCAAUCAACAGCGCGCUCAACCCAAUCCUGUACACGCUCACGACGCGUCCGUUCAAGGAGACCCUCCUCCAGGUGUGGAUCAACUACAGGCAAAGGAGGCCUCUCUCCCGCGCCCAUCCCGCCUACACGCCCUCCUUCACCUGGCUGGAGAUGUGGCCCGUCCAGGACGCCGCCCCGCCGCUGUCCUCGCCCGAGUACCUGGCCCACCCUUCCGAAAUGUCCUCGGGACGGUGCGAGCUGCUGCCCGCCAAGAGCCGGAGUGCAGUAUGAGCCCGUCUGACUGGCUAGGCCUUUUCCCACCCAGAACCACCCAACCCGAUGCUCUCCCCUCAAUGGUCCUUUCUUCUGAAUGGGUGCUAUUCUUUGCUGGUUGGGCCUGAAUGGUAGCUGCCCCUGUCUCAUUUAACUUGUCUGCCUCAGAAAUAUGUGCAACAUGGAAUGAUAGUUUGACAGGUUGGUAUUAGAAAUGCAGACUGCAGUACAAAUGAAUGAGGAAUAACAACAACAUUCAACAUCUAGAAAACUAGCUAAGGAAGAAGAAUAAAAUCUAUUGGACAAUUUAUCCAUCUUCUGAAAACUGGGGCUUUUUCUAUGGAGCAACACAGCACGUAUUCAUUGAUUUUUUUCAGCACGUGGACCAAUAUUGUGGGCUCAUUCAAAAGGAUUCACAUCAGUCAAAGACCUGGUUCAUCUCAAGAAUAUCCUUAUGAGCCAUAUGUUAUGACUCUCCAUGAUUAUCUACUUUCAGUCAAAUUGGACAGCAGGCAGCUAAACACGCAUUGAUUUUUAUGUUUUGACAGUGUUGUAUGCUAUUCACCAUCAAUAACUUUGAAUAUGAAAUGUUGUAGAAAAACUGUUAUGUAUAUACAGUAGAAUUGAAAUUCUAUAAUGCAAACAGCCCUCACUAUGAGAGUUAACUGUUAUUCAGAAACUCAGAGAACAACUGAUGUUGUAUAUAUUUCCAUAUAAUGUGUAGUGUAUGCAGUGGGAGUACUGGUUCCUGUUGAGUGACAUCAAGUGUCCAAAUAGCACCUCAUUACACAGGUUAUAUAAUCCAUCUUUGAUUUCACUAUAAGUUUUUUUUUUUUACAACUUUUUUACAACUCUGGUUACCCAAAUUUUAUUUUAAAAUACCAAUACCUUUACACCAAGGCUGGCCAUUCAACAUAUUAACCAUAUGCAUGAAUGGUUAGUUUCGACCAUGUCAAAUGUUCAGUUGUCUAGUUCAAUCUAUGAUGAGUUAUGACAAUAUAAAGUAACUCGCCCACAAUUACUUCUCAAUGGAAAGAAACAUCUUUCCCCACCAUUUGCAGUAUUCAGUAGGGAGAGGAGGCCUCACGCAAUUCAACAGAAAUUAGACUGCACUGACCUGAUCUGUUGUAAACUGCCUCAAAACUAUAUGUAUUUAAUCUGAGUAUAUGAAAGGGUCCUAGAACAUGAAUGUUUUUAAUAAUUCUAUGUCUGAACAACAGCGUAAGAGCAAUGAAAUGAUAAUGUGAAUGGAUGCAGCCUUGAUGAAAAAAAUGUAAUAUUAUUUGUGCUGCUAAUUCUAUUAUAAAGACAUAGGGUGGAGCCUCUGAAAGCCUGUUAUGAUUGCAUUGGUGUAACUACUUUCCAGUGUUGUACUAACUGUAUGGAUUUCAUUAUUAUUUAUGCUUACCUUUUUCUGGCAUGUGAAAUUGUGUAAUUUAAAAUACAAUUUAAAAUUCUGUCCCAAAUGAAUAAAAUUAUACUUUACAAGCACCUGCUCUAUAGUUAGUCCCUUACUGCCUGGGUUUUUAAAGCAGGGGGUCCUCAAACCGCUAGCAGUCCUUCAAGGCACUGUAGUGGGUCCUUGGCCAGACGUGAUAUGCAAUGACAAUAUAUAGAUUUGGGAAAGUAUUUGUAAAUAUAAACCCCUUUAAAAAUAAAAAGGAAUAUGACCCUUUUUAUCUUAUGAUGGUGGUCCCCUGGAUGUCUUUGGGCCUAGGUCCCUGCAUCAGAAAAGUUGAGAACUCCUGCUUUACAGAAAUCAACUGAAGAAGCAUGUAGAAGCAAAGACAGUAUGUUUUGCAUCUCACUCUGAAAUCACAAAAGACAGAGAACCCCUGACUUGUAUUAUAUUGUACUUCUGGAGUUUAUUGUCCUUUACUUCAUUUAAGUUCUUAUGUCACCAGUAGAUGGUGCUGAGGUCACAUAAUUGCCUCACAUAAUCAGUCUGAUAUUGUCUGUGAACAGGUCAUAUAUUUUGUUGUUAAAAGUUAUGCACAGUCAGGUGAAAGUGAACAGGUCGUAUAUUUAUUUUUUUUAAGUUAUGCAUUGUCAGGUGAAAGUGAAUAGGUCACAUAUUUCUUUUUUAAAUGUUAAGGACAGCCAGGUGAAACUCAGUAAAAUGAUUGGUUCCAGAACAAGAAAGAAAACGAGUCAAUUCAACUGAUGCUACAGGCACUGCUUUUGAUUUCUGUAUUUUAUGAAGUAUGACUGCAAUUUCUAAUUACAUAUUGCCCAUUUGAUUAUCCUCUUGAACCUGCAGUUAUUUACCACUAUAAAAGUGACCAGUAAUUUUAAAAAUCCUUUUUCACUUAUUUUAAUAUUAUUAAUCAGUUACCAUCGUAUAUAUUUUGAAUCACUGAAAAUAUAGACAAUUGUGGUUGGAACGAAAACAGCAUGCACAGGGGCCCAGGAUCAAGGUUGAGAACCAGUGAUAUUGACAACCUUACCACCAAUGCCAAUCUCUACAAUUUUGUUUAUAGAAUGGUGAGACUGUUCCUAAACUAUGUUGUGAUGUAAUUCUGCUCUUAAUUG